AUGGAUCUCAAUGAAGAGAACCAUCAGUGUUGGACAAGUGGUGAUAUGAGAGCUAAUCGAAGCAUUUAUAUCGUAUGGAUAAAAAAGGGAUAUCAAGAUGUUCAAGAACCAUAUGGCUCGAGUAUUAGUAAAGUGAAAGGCAUAGCACGAGUUUCAAUUAGUAAUUCAAAUUUUAAUGAUGAUAACGUCAAACAAUCGUUAUGGGAUGCAGCUGACUAUCUAAUUCCUCCUAUAGAAAACAAUGCUUUUUUCAUUGCUACUCGUAAAACAGUUACUUAUAAACAAACAGUAGGUACAUGUGCAAGUGCUAUGAGUGAAAAAUUAUUUUGUAAUUCGACACAAAAUCCAUGUGAAAAAGGUCUUCCAGCACCUAAUUCAUUAGGUGUUUUGACUGGAAACUGUGUACCAGUUAAGAAAAAUAUGAAAAAAAAAGUUUGUGAAAUAAAUGCAUGGUGUCCAGAAGAACUUACAGAUUCAAUGUAA